AUGUAUUCCAGCAGGUUUCAACCCAUAAGCACCAUUUUUUUCAAGACUUUUACUCUUCAAGCACGCCAAUUUCGGAGAACCGCCGCCCAAAACCCGAACAAGGUAUCGUUGUACCUCCAGAGGGCAAAGCUCAUAGACUCAAUAAGGCAUUGUCUCCACUCCAAUUUACCCGAAUCCUCUCUUCUCAACAUCUUGAACAGUCCUUCUCUGGACUCAUUUGUUGUGACCAAUGCACUCCGUUCGGCCCCUUCUCCUGCCUCGGCUUUGUCCCUGGCCGAAACCCUUAAAAAGAUCGAACAUUUUUCUCAUUCCCAAGAUACCACACUUCACGCCCUGGCCAAGAUUCUCGCCAAAUCCGGGCAAACGGGCAGACUUGGAGCACUGAUCGACGCCAUAAACACCGGAAAAUUCACGAACGUGCGCUAUAUUAGUUACAUGGACCGAAUGCGGUGGUACGCAGAUGCAGGUGAUUUGGAUAGUGUCACUCGUGUUUGGGACGAGUGGAGAAGGUCAUUGGACAAGCAUCCUUGUACGGAGUCCUAUAAUAUUGUAAUGAAACUCUGCGUGGACAAGGGAUUGGACGAAAAAGCCCUCGACGUGUUUCGCAGCAUGAUCGAAGAAGGGGCGCUUCCUAAUUGCCGAACGUACACGGUAGUUAUUCAGCAUCUGAUUAAUUUCGAAAAACUCGAUUCGGCAGCCGAAAUUUUCCAGAUGCUGCCUCUGAUGAGAAUCAGACGAACAUUGAAGCAGUAUUCAGUGUUGAUCGAGGCUUUCACUAAAGCCGAUCGGUUAACUGGUGUGAAGACCUUGCUUGACGAGAUGCAGGCUGACGGGAUAAUGCCAUGUCGUUCCAUGCUGACAUCAUUGCAGCGAAUGAGGGAAAUGGGCUUUGUUGAUGAGACGGAGGAGUUGAUUAGCGAGAUGAUGCCGGACGAGAGGAUAACGUGCGUACAUUACUCGAUUUUCAGUUCGGAAGACGAUUAUGAAGAGAACGAGAGUGGCGGUAGUGUUUCUGGAGUGGAAAAAAAGGGUGAAAUUAUUCAGCUGAAGCCAUGGCUUGACCCGGCCGCCUUAGCUAGUGCAUUGAACGACUGGGAUUGUGAAAAGGUCUCUGCUUUAGAAGACGCAAAAUUCUUUUGGACAAGCAGGCUUGUCUGCAAAUUGAUCCGAAACUUCAAAUCGGCUGACACUGCAUGGAAUUUUUUCUGCUGGGUCGCCCGUCAGCCGGGGUUCGUUCACGACAUCUACACGAUAUCAAGAAUGAGUGCCAGGCUGGCACGUGAGGGGCGUGUCCAGCUAGUCGACCAGCUCUUGCGCAAAAUAAAAAAUGAGGGGAUUAGCCUCUCUUUCAGCACAAUCCGGAUGAUAAUCGAUUUUUACGGCUUUUCGAAGAAAGGCGAUGCUGCUUUAGACGUUUUUCGAAACUCGAACGCAGUUUGCAGGCCACUGUCCAAAAACGGUCGGCUGAUAUUGUAUUCGUCUCUCUUGAGAACAUUGGCUAAAUGCAAAAUGCAUGCGGAGGUCUUUGAAGUGCUUGAAGAGAUGUUUUUGGUCGGGCUUUUACCCGAUUUGCAGACUUUUUCAGGUUUAAUGCAUAAUUACGCUCUUCAAGGGGAUAUCAAGACAGUGCAGAGGUUGCUUGGUAUGGUGAGGCAGGGCGGGAUGGAGCCCGAUGCUUACAUGUACAAGGUAUUGAUUUGUGCUUACUGUAAAUGUGAUGGGGCUUCUCUUGCUUUGAGGGUUUUUGAGGAUAUGAGGAAUUCGGGCCUGAUGCCCGAUUUUAAGACUAAGGAGUUGCUUGUCAAGAGCUUGUGGAAAGAAGGGAAACUUAGAGAGGCGGCUCAGGUGGAAGAGGCGGUGAGUGAGGUGGCAGAUGGUGAUAUUCCACUUGCUCUGCCAGGGCAUUUGUAUACUGUCAGCACUGGAGAUCUUCUGAAAGUGUGCAAAUUGUAUUUCAGUAGUAUUGUUGGGGAAAGUCCGAGUGAGGAAAUAACGAAGUCCGAGUCGUUUGUGUAA